AUUCUUAAUUUGUGAAAGUUUAUACUCUCAAGAAGAUCUCUAUACCCAAAUAGAUUCGUUGGUUUAGAGACUGAAGCCACAGAGAAGGUUUAAAACCAUUUACUGAACUAGUUUCAACAUGUCUCGCCAUCCUUCUAAACACAGCGGGAUUAGCUGUGACUCCUGUGGUAAGAGUGCCUUCCCUGGGAAGAGAUACAAGUGUCUAACUUGCUACGAUUUUGACUUGUGCCAGGAUUGCUAUGAGGGAGGUGAGACAGGAACCUCCCAACACAAUACUGACCAUCCAAUGCAAGUCAUUUUAACUAAAGUAGAAGCAGAUAUAUUUUAUGGAGGUGAAAGCCACAGUGUAGAACAGCCCCAGUCCUUUACAUGUCCUUUAUGUGGGGAGGUGGGGUUCAGUGACAGCGAAUUUAGAGAUCACGUGACUAGACAGCACGCCGACUCGUCUAACGUACAGGAAGUGAUAUGUCCAGUCUGCGCUGCUUAUCCCGGGGGUAAUCCAAACCAUCAAACGAGAGAUUUCUCGGGACAUUUAAUGUUAGACCAUUCACUGACACUCCGUGAUGCUGACCUCGAUCAGGGAGGGAUGCACAAUAGAGUGAGGAGGAUGAUGGUUCGAAGGAGAGGGGGAGGGGAGAGGUAUGGGUUCUUUAGGGAGAGCCAAGUAUCGCAACAAGAUGGCAGCGUUGACCCUUUAUCGGAGCUACUAUCUCACUUAGGAGGUGGUGGUGGGAGGCGGCUACCCUCAGAUAUCCCUCCUCACAUUCAGCAGUUGCUGGAGCAUCAGGAAAGACAGCAGACCUUUGAGAGGGCGUCGCCCUUGCGUCGUCCAGUUUAUCGUAAGAUACUUGUAGGAAGAGGAGGAGGUGGUAACAGAGGUGCUGGUGGAACUCAUUCUUUAUUCAACCCAUCGCAUAGAGAAUUGUUGGAAUUUACUAGAGGAGCAGGGGGCGUGGCUGUAGGGGGCGGGGCUAAAGACGAUAAUAGAAAUGACCAUUCAGCAUGUGGUAGUAGGUCACAGAGUGAUGAAUCAGCAUAUUUGUUAAAUAAUUAUCAAGACACCAUUUUGAGUGACACUGAACAGAAACUAGUUGAAAGGGACAGGACAAACAAGAGCCUGUUCGUACAAGAACUACUCCUCUCAUCACUAGCUUUUAGUUCCUCUUCUUCGUCUGACGAUGAAGAAACUUAAAACCUUUCGAGAGUGAAAGAGGAGAGAGAGAAAGAGAAUUAAGUAAAGGCGGAAGAGUUAUUAAUGUACAUGUGGUGUGUGUUAAAACUUAUUAAUACUCUUAUAUGUAAUAUUAAUAAUAAAUAUUAAUUAUUGUAAGUGUCUUUUUGUUGUCUAAGUGAUGUUUGUUGUUUAUUGUUGUUGUUGUCGUUUUUCUUCUAUACUUCCACGUCUUGUGACACUUU